AUGGGUCAAGGACCAUCCGGAGGUUUGAAUCGCCAGGGAGAUCGGAAGCCUGAUGGCGGCGACAAGAAAGAGAAGAAGUUCGAGCCGGCGGCACCACCAGCUCGUGUAGGGAGAAAGCAGCGGAAGCAGAAAGGGCCUGAGGCGGCGGCGCGGCUUCCGACUGUGACUCCGUCUACUAAGUGCAAGCUCCGGUUGCUGAAAUUGGAACGGAUCAAGGAUUAUCUGUUGAUGGAGGAAGAGUUUGUGGCGAACCAGGAGCGGCUGAAACCUCAGGAGGAGAAAGCCGAGGAAGAUAGAUCUAAGGUUGAUGACCUCCGUGGGACGCCGAUGAGCGUUGGAAAUCUGGAAGAGCUGAUUGAUGAGAAUCACGCCAUCGUUUCUUCUUCCGUUGGGCCUGAGUACUACGUCGGGAUACUGUCGUUCGUCGAUAAGGAUCAGCUUGAGCCUGGAUGCUCGAUUUUGAUGCACAAUAAGGUUCUCUCUGUUGUUGGGAUUCUCCAAGAUGAAGUGGAUCCAAUGGUGUCUGUGAUGAAAGUUGAGAAGGCUCCUCUGGAGUCGUAUGCUGACAUUGGAGGUUUAGAAGCUCAGAUUCAGGAGAUUAAGGAAGCUGUUGAGCUCCCUCUUACUCAUCCCGAGCUGUAUGAAGAUAUUGGUAUCAAGCCACCCAAGGGUGUGAUCUUGUAUGGAGAGCCAGGAACUGGGAAGACACUGCUUGCUAAGGCGGUGGCGAAUUCUACAUCAGCUACUUUCUUGAGAGUUGUUGGUAGUGAGCUGAUUCAGAAGUAUUUGGGAGAUGGUCCCAAGCUUGUGAGGGAGCUUUUCAGAGUUGCCGAUGACCUUUCACCGUCAAUUGUCUUCAUUGACGAGAUUGAUGCUGUUGGUACCAAGAGGUACGAUGCUAACUCAGGAGGUGAGCGUGAGAUCCAAAGAACUAUGUUGGAACUUCUGAACCAGCUCGAUGGAUUCGAUUCAAGAGGAGACGUUAAGGUGAUCCUUGCAACAAACAGAAUCGAGUCUCUUGACCCGGCACUUCUUCGACCUGGACGUAUUGAUAGGAAGAUCGAGUUCCCUCUUCCAGAUAUCAAAACUAGAAGACGCAUCUUCCAGAUACACACAUCGAAGAUGACUCUAUCGGAAGAUGUGAACCUUGAAGAGUUUGUGAUGACGAAAGAUGAGUUCUCGGGUGCUGAUAUAAAGGCUAUAUGCACUGAGGCUGGUCUACUUGCUCUCAGGGAGCGUCGUAUGAAGGUGACACAUCCGGAUUUCAAGAAAGCGAAGGAGAAGGUUAUGUUCAAGAAGAAGGAAGGCGUCCCUGAAGGCCUUUACAUGUAA